AUGAUUGUGUUUGGUGUUUUAUUUUUCCUCGUGGCAGGAGCAUUAGGGUUCACGCCUAUCGAUUUGAGCAGUUGCACAGUUACUAAAGGAUGUAUUCGUCCCUCUGUCUGUGAUGAUAAUGCUUGCGAAUAUGGAGCAACUUGGCGUUUAGUUGAACAAGACGAAAUUCAAUAUGUUGAAUUUGAACUCUUUGGUGAUGUCAAAUCAAGUAGUGGAUUUAUAUCACUUGUAUUCUCCAGAGAUCCUUAUUUCGGUGGCGAUGGCUUUGUGGGGUGUUACUAUGAUACUGUUGAUUUCAAAGGAGUUGUCAAGGCUGGCUACAGACCUGAAGCUAGUGAAACCAACCAUAUCUACAACCCUUCUGACGAUGAGAAGUUGCUCAUUACCAGUGGAGAUGAUCUUGGAACCGAUUACGUCGACGCCAAUCAUUACAUUCAAUGCCGAUUUAGACGCCGUGUGACUCCAGUGCGAAUGGCCAAUCAGUUGAAGGAUCUCGCUCCACCAAAUGCGUACUAUCUCAUCAUUCAACGCGGUUCUGAUCCCUUGAGAACCAACUUUGGUCAACUCUAUCCAGAUGGUGAAGCGACCUCCAAUGCCAGUGCAGUUAUCACUUCGUAA